AUGGAAGAUUGGGACAGCAAUCUAUUUACCAAUCUAAAUGACACAGACAAUGACUACACAUUGCCCGAGACCACUGAAGAAGAUAAAGAACUUGUCAGCGAGAGCGUAUUCGACGUCGUCGACACCAUCCUCAGUUGCUUUGUCAUCACGUCAAUCGGGCUGUUCGGCACGGUAGGCAACAUCUUGAACAUCAUCAUCUUGGUCCACCACGGGCUGCGUGACUCAACCAACGCCGUCCUGAUGUCUCUGUCCGUCAGUGACCUCCUCUAUGUCUCGCUGACGGCCGCCAGAAGAGCCGGAUGUAUCGUGUCUUACUUCAACCCAGUGGCAGGCCAGAUUUUCCACGCAUUUCAGGCCGUUUACUUAUUAACGGUGACAAGACUGUUCAGUCACAUCUCAUGCGCACUCAUCGUGUUCAUUUCCAUGAGAAGACUAACGGCUGUGUAUUUCCCGCUUAAAGCGCGUAUACUGUGCUCACUUCGCACAAGUUUCGUCUAUCUCGCGCUUCUGCCCUCCCUCUGGAUAGUGCUAACUAUUCCUUUCUUCCCUGUAUACAGCUUCAGCUGGAAGACUGACCCUUUACUGAAUAUAACGGUCGGACAAGCAAGAAUCUCAGAGUACGGCCUGUCGCACUGGGAAGCUUUGUCCACUUUAGACUUGUUUCGAGGUUACCUCAAAGGACCAAUCCACAUGCUGGUGAUUCUCACCUGCUCUGUGUGCAUCGCCGUCAAACUUCGAGCCGCAAGUAAAAUGCGUAAGGAAAUGACGUCCAAGAAAAGCAGGGGUAUAUCUGACGUCCGUGUGGAGAAGAUGCUCCUGUUUGUGUGUCUGGUCUACCUGGGUGCCGGGCUCCCUCUGCUGGGGCCCUCCAUCUUCUACGUCAUUCGUCCUGAUUUGAUCCAGGUCAAUGGGAAUGUUACCAAUUUGUUCCUGCUCCUGGAGAUAAUGUACGACCUACUCACUGUGACGAAAUCGUCGGCGAAUUUCCUCAUCUACGUCACUAUUUCCACAAAGUUUUACAAAACCUACGCCAUGCUGUUUAAGCCAAAAUGUAUUAAGUCAAAAUCAGAACUUGAAUGUAAACUGUAGUCAAAGGAAUUUUCUGUCUUAUCAUAGUUGUAGAAAUUAUAAUAAUACAUGUAUAUCUUUUCCAUAUUCAUAACGACUGAUAUGAAAAUUUACUUUUUAUGAUACUGUUAUAGUUGUUUGUUACUUAAAGUAGGAA